GGUCCUGGAAAACAUUUCAUUUCUAUAUCUAGUAACACAGACCAGACAAGCUAACAAAGAGGCUGAAAAGCUACAAAGACUAGAAACAUGAGCACUGUAGGGAAAGUCAUCAAAUGCAAAGCAGCUGUAGUCUGGGAACCCAAGAAACCAUUUAGCAUUGUGGAAAUUGAAGUGGCUCCGCCAAAAGCACAUGAAGUCCGCAUAAAGAUCUUAGCUUCUGGAAUCUGUCGCUCAGACGACCAUGUAUUGAGUGGUGCACUAACAGUGAACUUCCCAAUUAUUCUUGGUCAUGAAGCAGUGGGUGUCGUGGAGAGUAUUGGGGAAGGAGUUACUAGUGUGAAGCCAGGAGACAAAGUUAUUCCACUUUUUCUACCACAGUGUGGAAAAUGCAGUUUUUGCAUAAACCCCAAAGGCAACUUGUGCGAAAAGAGCGACUUUGGAAUACCUACUGGAUUGAUGUAUGAUGGCACUAGCCGAUUCACUUACAAAGGACAACCAAUCUACAAGUUUGUUAGCACUGGCACCUUCACCGAAUACACUGUGGUGCAUGAGGAUGCGGUGGCCAAAAUUGAUGCUGCAGCCCCUCCUGAGAAAGUGUGUCUGAUUGGCUGUGGAUUUUCGACUGGUUAUGGUGCUGCCAUUAAUUCUGCCAAGGUUGAGCCUGGGUCUACCUGUGCUGUUUUUGGACUGGGAGGAGUUGGCCUUUCAACAGUGAUGGGUUGUAAGGCAGCUGGAGCCUCACGAAUUAUUGGGGUUGACAUCAACAAGGAUAAAUUCCCUAAAGCUAAAGAGCUAGGAGCCACUGAAUGUGUCAACCCUCUGGAUUUCAAGAAGCCUAUCAAUGGAGUACUGUUUGACAUGACAGACGGAAAAGGAGUUGACUAUUCGUUUGAAGUUAUUGGACGUACCGAUACCAUGAUGGCCGCCAUGAAUUCCUGCAACAUAAACUAUGGAACAAGCGUGAUUGUGGGCGUGCCUCCUUCAGCAUCUGAGAUUACCUUUUCCCCUGGACUUAUCUUCUCUGGCCGUAACUGGAAAGGAUCUCUAUUUGGAGGCUGGAAAAGCAAAGAUUCCGUUCCGAGGCUGGUUUCAGAUUUCAUGCAGAAAAAGUUUGCUCUGGAUCCACUCAUUACUCACACCAUGCCCUUUGAUAAAAUCAAUGAAGGGUUUGAACUGCUCCGGUCAGGGAAAAGCAUUCGCAGCGUUCUGGUGUUUUAAAGAUGCCAGUGAUGAAGCAAGUAUAUGGCAAUGGCAUUUGCAGACUAAAUUCCUCCAGAUCAAAAGACUACACACUUGGUAAUGGGACACCUGUGGAAAGGAUUGAUUCCUGCUCUGUUGCCAGUAGUAAUUACUUUUUAUUAACUUGAAGAUGCCACAUACCACUGAUCUCAAUGAGAGGCCUAUUUCUCAGUGGAUAGUCAUUGCAUUCACUGUUGACCAGUAUCUUGAAAUCAUAUGUUUUUUCAUUGCUAUUAAAAAUGAUUUUACAAAAUUA